GGAACAGGAAGAAUAUGGCUGCCAAAAGUCGAAGCGGCGGAACUCAGCGCGUACUUCAGAAACUAAACAAGUCCAUCGAAGAUGGUGAAUAUUACGAAUCUCAUCAGUUGAUACGAACGCUAUACUUCAGGUAUAAAUCACAGAAGAGUUAUGAUGAAGCUUUAGAGAUAGUUCAUAGCGGAGCGUGCCUACUUCUCAAACACAAACAGGAAAGGAGUGGUACUGAUUUAGCCUUGCUCAUGUUGGAGUGUUUCCGUACUGCAAAGGUACCUGUUGGAGAAGAUGCCUUGGAUAAAAUUAAAAGUUUGUUUGAACUUUAUGAACAUGGUUCACCAGAUAGACAGGAAUUUGUGACAGAGGCAAUAAAAUGGACAUCUGAAACAGAUCCAUCCCUCAAGUAUGGACAUCCCGAGUUACACCUUAUGUGUGCACUUAGUCUUUGGAAAGAGAAAAACUUUGGUGAUUCACAAUACCACUUUCUGUUUACCUCUGAUGGACAACAAUGUGCAGCAAUGCUGGUGGAAAGUGCUACAACACUGGGCUUUCCUGGAGAGUCGGACUUAUUUGUCACACAAGCAGUAUUACAAUUUCUUUGUUUACAGAACCCUUGUACAGCUAAUCUAGUGUUCUUUAAAUAUACUGCACAACAUCCAGAUUUUUCAGGGAUUGGUCCUCCGUACCAAAAGCCUCUUCUGAAUUUUGUCUGGUUUUUGCUUCUAGUUAUAGAAAGGAGAGGAACUCUAAAUCAGUUUACAGUGCUGUGUGAAAAAUAUCAACCUUCCAUUGAAAGAGAUCCAGUAUAUAAAGAGUAUUUAGAUAGAAUUGGACAACUUUUCUUUGGACUUCCACCAAAGCCCUCCAACAAAGGAAUGAUGGGGGGCAUUUUAGGUGACUUAAUGCAGUCUUUGAUGGGUGGUGGUGAAGGGAAUAGUGGUGCAUCAACUUCAACUGCAAUGAGCAUUGCCUCUGAGGAGGUGGACUGAUGCAAACCAUUUACAAUUUGUACAAUCAGAAAUUUUUAUACCUAGGAUGAAAAAGAGAAACAGACGGAUGGUUUCAGCUCAAGGUGCUGGUUUACCCUUCUGGACAAGAACACAAUUAUCCAGAACCCACUGGAGGUGUAGGCUACUAAAUUGCACUGCUACACAUCAGUGCCAUGCCCAUUAAUACAAACAUCCAAGAGGAUUGGACAAAUAAGCAAGGGUUAUUUACAACCUUAAUGGGUUUAUCAGAUCAUGAUGGGAAAGUCUUUAGCUUUUCGAUCAAUGUAUAAAGUUACCUCAGCUGAGCUUUUGCAAUAGCAGCUGGGCUAACCAAUCUAGAAGGUUUUUCCAGCUGGAAGUCCUCCAGUUUAUAUGAACUUGGCAAGGAGCAAAACAGUUUUUGCAACAAUUUAUUUUGAGGCAAGAGUGUUGAGACUAAUAUAUAAGAUGAUGGUCUUUGAGUACCCUAAAACAUUAGAGAGGCAUGAAGAAGCUGAUGGUUAACAAGAACUAUUAUGGAAAGAGAAGGUUUACACAUGUUGCAGAUAGCACAGAUGUUCAAACUGAGAUGCAGUUUGGCCAAUCAAAAAUAGACAAGUGCAAAUACCCAAAAAAGCCUUUGGGUCUGUACCAUAGCAUAUGCAUCCAUCCAGUUUUAUUUUACAACUCUUCUGAUUAAAUUGUAGCCAGUGUCUUCAAUAAUUUUUGGUUGAGAUGUUUGUUGCAGCCUCUUUUGCAAACUCUUCUGAUACUGUUUGUCUGCAAAGGAGGUCUUUCUUAUUUCUUUCACUGAAACAUGAACUCAACAAUCUUGUAGGGAGACAUAAUUAUUAAAGAGAGCUUUAAAUUAGCUUUUAUUUUAAAAAGAGUAGUAAACUGGAAAUUUACAUUUGUGAAACAUAAUAAAUUUUGUUGUCACUCAGAA